UGUGGCCCAGUAUACAAUUCAACUCCAACUCUAUGGCAUGGUCUUUGUGUUUUGAAAAUAAAAUAUUUUAAAAGUCCCUUGAGGGUAGUAAGGAAAAUGUCAUCCUAAAUAAUUAAUAGCUUAUAAAUAAGUCAUCGUCUGAAAAUAACGAUGAUGUAAUUUCAGUUGAUUGUACAAUGAAUGUUUUGUCUCUAUUCUUCUUAUAAAACGCAAACUUUGUAGGUUGUGAAGAGCGAUGGAGUACUCGGUGAACACCCGGCCGCUGCUGCAGCAGAGUGAGUCGGAGAGCGACUUCGAAGAGCGCGAUGGCCGCGAGAGCGGCGGGACUCUGGACGACCCGGUCGUCGUCACCAAGGACACGAGGCCGUUGUUCAAGGUGCAGGAGCCCAAAGAUAGGUAUAAUUUGGCUUACAUCAUAUUCUACUUGCUUGGGAUGACAACAUUACUUCCGUGGUACUUCUUUGUUACAGCAGAUGAUUACUGGAUGUACAAGCUGCGAAAUCUCUCUGGGAACUACACUGUUGUCGGCGACGGAGGUCGCAGUGAACUGCAGGCCAGUUUCACGGCGUACUUGAGUGUUGCAUCGACCAUCCCCAACACGUUGUUCCUCAUACUCAACUCACUGUUGAGCCACAAGAUAUCAUUGCGUAUUCGUAUGGUUGGAUCACUUAGCACUAUCAUCAUUUUAUUUGUUGUGACGACAGCCCUGGUCAAGAUUGACACCGACUCAUGGCAGCAGAUUUUCUUCAUCGUGACCCUAGUGAUCGUCGUGUUGCUGAACAUUGCGAGCGCCAUCCUGCAAGGCGGGCUGUUCGGGCUGGUGGGCAAGUUCUCGGCCCGCUACAUCACGGCCGUGGUGUCGGGCCAGGCCCUGGGAGGCAUCUUCGCAGCCCUAGCGUCCAUCUUGUCUCUGUGUCUGGGCGCCUCGGCGACCACGUCCGCCUUCGUCUACUUCAUGGUGGCCAACGCGAUGCUGCUUCUCGCGCUCACCGCGUACCUCAUCUUGACUCGGGCGAUGUUUUUCCAGUACCAUCUUCUGGACAAGAGUGAAGGAAAUACUCUACACUAUGAACCAGGCAGCAUUCAAAGCAGUAGUUACGGCCCAUCUGUGAGAAACAUUUCUUACAUGGGUAUUCUUAGUAAGAUAUGGACCUAUGGAUUUUCUGAGUGGCUGACAUUCUUUAUUACGCUUGCUAUGUAUCCAUCUAUCACUGUUCUCGUGUGUUCGACUUAUAAAGGAAAUAAAGUUGCAUGGAAUGAUGUGUACUUUGUCCCAGUUGUCGGCUACCUGAUAUUCAGCACUUUCGACUAUGUGGGUCGAAUGCUAGCAGGUUUUCUGCAUUGGCCUCGGGGUCGCGGCUGGUUGUUGCUGCUGCUGAGUGCUUUCCGCGUGGUGUUUGUCCCCCUGAUACUGCUGUGCAACGCCCAGCCGCGCCAUCACCUGCCGGUGGUCAUACAUUCCGACGUGCUCUACAUCCUCAUCAUCGUUCUGUUCGGCCUCACCAACGGCUACCUCGCCAACAUCACUCUCAUCUGUGUGCCGAGAGUGGUGGACGCCACGGAGCAGGAAGUAGCGUCGUCCAUGAUGGCUGCGUUCCUGGGAGUUGGCCUGGCGUGCGGGUCUGCGCUUGGCCUGGGGAUGGUGAAGAUACUUUGAGUACCGCCAGCAACUUUCAGGGUCGCAGUUGGUACUAGUUGCUGUGUGUAUUCCACUUGUCAUGGAGCGUGAUCUCAGUUGCAUAAAACUGCACGACGAAAAGGCUUUAUGCAUAAAUAUUAUGUCAAAAAAACUGUUCUUAUGUGACAGAUAACCUAGUCGGCAUUUUUUUCUUUUUGAGUAGGCCUUACCACUUACCUUAAUACAUUAACUCCAGGAAGGUGCAUGAAAGAGACUGUUUGUACACUGCACAUACUUGCUCAUUUGUUUUUUUUUUGCCAUCUGACUCUUUAAAGAAUAAACUUAAUUCUAAAAUUUAAUAUUAAACAAGUACAUGUAACAGACGGCUCAAAGUAACUUUGGAUACUAAUAUUUAAUAUGAAACAUCAAGCUAUCAUAAGUACAUAUAACAGAUGGCUCAAAGUAACUUAGGUUAUAAAAUUGGUAUUUCUGGUACUGUGCAAAUAUUAUGUUAGAGAUGUGAUGGUUUAAAAAAAAAAAAAAAAAAAAAAAAAACACUACAUAUUGUAAAUAGAUAGUUUUAAAGUAUGUAUAGAAUGUAUUUCUGAGGGCAGACAGCCCAGUUGGGUUGCAAGUGUCUUACUCAUAUGCGUGGCUAUUGCUCUGGUAAUAGGUGUUCUUAUUUUCAGGACCCAGGUACAGACCCUAUUUAUUAAAUGAAAUGAGAAUUUCCAUUUGUGGCUUUUUUUUUAAACGAAACUUCUUUGCGCGUGGUGAGAGUAAAUUUUCAAGGCCAAAUUUUUAUGCAACAUUUUCAUGACAUUUUGUGAAACGUUUCUGAUGCGAAAAGGACAGAGGAUAGGUACUUGACCAAAGAGAUAAAAAGGGAGUACUAUGUUAUGUACAUUGCUGGGCUCAUUUUCAUUCUUCUCUUUGUGCAUUAAUUUGUCCCCGACCCAAAAUAAAAUUAGAUACAAGAGAGACAGAUGAACGGAAGAAUAGGACAGUGUGUGUAUGAAUGCGCUUGUUUCAGAAAAUAGAUAUAGGUAUCCUAUACAGUCAUCUGUGAAUACCUAGACUUUUAUAUUUGCUACCAGAACGCUCGCGUUCCUUCUUGUUCAACCAGCAUCGUAGAGAGCUCUGUUGAGAUAGUACCUGCAUUUCCCGCAUAGAUAGUUCUGACUGUUAUGAAUUUCGUAUUUCGUUCAGAGAUUUGGCGUGUUCUAAAUGGCAGAAUUGUUUGAAGAAACAGUAACAUGCACAGAACUGAUACUUUGGCUAUAAUGUUUUCAUUUUUAUUCUUUAAAUACUUUCCUUUAAAUCCUAUUAAUACUAUAAGUUGUUUAGAAAAUUAACUUCUUUCUCUCUCUGCCGUUUUAUCCCUUAUAAUAUACUUACGAGUCGAGGUUUGAAUUGCUGAAGAAGUUUUAUUUCCAUCACAUUUACAGAGUUACAUGCACUCUUUUUUUUUUUUGCUUGAAUCCUUGAGAUUAAAAGAACAUUUGUUACAUACUCAGAUAUUCAUUUACCUAUAGAAUUAAAAUUUUUGUUUAGUUGUUUGUUAAAAAUAUUUCUAAUAAAAGUUAACAUUUGGGAUUUUUAAAUAUUGACACGACUAGCUACCAAACAUUUGCCCAACCCUACUGAUUACAAAUCCUUUGUGGUAAACUGAAGAAUUAUAGAUGUAAACCAUUGCUUAUCAUUUGUAUAACUGGUUUUCUACGAGGAAACUGUCUUGAUUGCUACAGCAAAGGCCAUCCAUUUCUUACCACUGCUGUCGUUUUAGUAUUCUACAGGAAAAAAUAAUUUUUUCAUUCUGGAGAGCUAAUAGGAGUUGUAAAAGCCCCUGCCGUAUCACAGGUGACUCGGGAGUCCCAGGGUGAUGUGAUAGGCUGAGGUGAGCACCUGCUAGAGCUCCAUUGGAGGAGCUUUGAGCCCAGUCAGCUGACUAGUUAGCGAUACGUCUCAACAGCGAUGUAUCUGUUUCCCCUGUCCAAUGGGUAGAGACAAUAUUGUAUAGUGAAUUGCGAUAAAACCGAAAAGCAUUCAGUACAUCAUAUAACACCGAAAUGCAAGGUAAUAUGCCAUGAAGCAUCAAAAUGAAACUAAAAUAAUGAAAUCAAUCAGCUUUUAUAACCAAAAAUUAACUUCAAUCACAAAAACAUAACCUUUUAAUAAAGUAAAUUCAAUAAAUGUAAAUUUUUUUUUUCAUUCAACUGUUAUAACUCAGUUUUACAUUACGAUGGUACAUUUUUCCAAUACAGUAGAACCCUGUUAUAAUGUUCCUGCAUAUAAUAUUUUCCUGCUUAUAAUGUCAUAUUUCUAAAGUCCCAAUAUUUCCCCCAUAAGGACAAUGUAUUUAUUUCCUGCAUAUAAUGUUCAUAAAUAGUGUAAUUUCCUGCUUAUAAUGUUUGCUUUCUAACAUUCAAUAAAUGGGGAAAAAUGUUUUAAAACCAAAUUAUUCCAACACUUACGAUAAAAAGUUUCCUUUAUGUAUGUUUAUGUUUACAAUCACUGCCAUGCAAUACAUGAAGUUUGUUAAAAUACAAUUUUAUGCAAUAUACUGAAGGUACACAAUGUUCAUAGUUAUGUGUCAAUUGGCACCCUUAGUCAACUCUUCUCUUCCGUGCCAUUCCAGUGGGUAUUCAGAUGCACGUACAUAGUCCUACGAUAUUUAAGUUGCCGACCAUUGAGCGAGGGCAUAACUAAAAGUGUUUACUAUUGCUUACAAAUAAUUUUUUUUUUCAUACAUAGGAAUCCCAAAAUUAAACAUUUUCAGGUGGCGAAGGAGUAGACGUUCUUACUCUUAAUGUUGUCAUCAUGAAUCGUGAGACAAUUUUACCAAAAAUGUGGCAGUGUAUCUGUAAAGACAAACAAAAAUUAACCAGGGAACAAGACGAAGUUGAAAAAUUGUUGGCUUGUUUCAGAAAACUCAUGUAUCAAGUAGACUAUCUUUGGUUUUAACAUUAAAGUUGUUUACAUAGCUUGGUGAAUCCAUUGGUACAAAGCUUGAACAUUGUUAAGUGCUAAAUUGAGAUUUCAUGCUUAUAAUGCUUUCCUGCUUAUAAUGUUUUCUUCUUGUGCUCCCUUGAAUAACAUUAUAACAGGGUUCUACUGUACACAAAUAUCUGACAAUUUAUUUUUAUUGUUCCAAAUAGUUAAACAUUAUUAAAAAUUAUUAAAUUUUAUUAUAAAAAUAAUUAAGUGCUAUAAUUGUUAAAUAAUAUGCUAUAGUUAUGAAUAAACAGAUCUCGUAUAAAAUAAAAACAGUAAUUCCCAAAACUCUUGUUUCUAAAAGUGAAAUUAGCCUAAAAAUAAACCCAUAUAAUGUAUAUUCUUGUCCCUACUGAUGUGAGGUUUCAUCCUGACACCCGCUCACUUGUAGACGCCAGACACGUUUUAAAAUUUUGAUGUUACCAGAGUUGAAUCAUUGGCUGUUCUACUUAAUUUAUUAUUAGUGACAGUGUAAUGCAUUUAAUGAAGUUUUUUUAGUGCUCAUAUUAAAAUGUUAAAAUGUUUAUGUGCGGUUUCAAUUUCCUUGAAUUCAUUGGCCAUGGAGUAUGUUAAAUUUCCAUUUGCUCUCUGUGCACUCGUGGUAGUGUGUUACAACCAAACUGCGCAGCUUGUUUUACUUCAUUAAGUUAUUUUCCAUACAGCAAAAAAAAAAAACAUACUGUCUGUGAAAAUGAACAAUGUUCAGGUUCACAAUCCCGUAUCCAGAUAGUGUGCAGACGUGCGAGUAACUUUCAGCCAGGUCUGUGCGAAGCUUUGACUAGGCGAAUCAAUCAAACGUCUUUUUAGUAUUUGAUUUGACUUUCCCAGGAAAGAUUUAAAUAUUGCAAACCUAAGAUUCACUCAUAAAAAUAUUUAGUUAAUUUUUUUUUUUUUUGGUAUAUGUUUUGCUUGAACAAUGUUGGUUACUUGUUAAAAUCAAAAGGUGGCACUCCGUUAUCUUUUAUGAAUGCUCAAUAUUAAUACAGGAAAGCUUCACUAUAAAGAACAUGAAGGGACCAAAAAAUAGUUGAGUUUGUUAUACUGAAGUUCUUUAUACUGAAACAUAAGCAUUGUUAUAAAUAUGUAUACCGAUAAACACAUGAAACACCUUAAGUGUACUAAGGUUCAGUAUCUCAGUCAUUAGUCUAUGGCCGCUUGAAGAACCUGUUCACAUACUCUCUGCUGAUGCUUUGUCUAUGGUCAGGAGACACAUUGUAGGCAGAGCUGCCAACCUCAAAUCACACCCAUCAGUAAUGACAAUUAUAUGGAAAAAGUACAUGUAAAUCAUGCACGAUAAAUUUUUCCUGAGGAAUUAUGACACACACAAGAUAAAAUAAGGACAAUAAUAUGCAAAAAAAAAAUGAAAAAUGUAGGCCUAUGCAUAUGAAUACAAAGAAAAUUAAUGAAUCAAAGAAAAAAAAAACGAUUUGAACAAUACAAUCAUCUGAAUAUGUAAGAAAUGUCAGUAAUUUUACAGGAAAUUUUCAACCUUCAAUUCAAAGUAUGCAAAGUUAUACUUUUGAACAAUUGUCUUUUUAUUUGCUUCUUUUAUCCUGGCUGGAUAAGAACUGUCUUAUAAACAAACAACAGAACUUGUAAACAAUAACUCUGCGUUAGUUACUUUCGUUUCUUCAGAUGUAGCGAAAAAACUACGAUAUGGAUUUAUUGCUUUUUAUGACUAUAAAAUAUUCCGCAUGUUUCUUUAAUUCAAUGUGCCCUCUACAGUCAUCCCUUCCAAUGUGUGCAAUCGAAAAGUCACACGUGCAUACAUUACAAAACGCAUGGUGUUCCAAAACAUUUGAAGACGACAAGCAUCGUCAUUCUUUUGAAUAUUUAGGUCUUAGGUCAAAAGUUUUGAUGAAUUGCGUUAUUUUUUUUUCUCCCCCAUAUACACUUUUGUUCUGUCACACGCUUCAUUUCUAACAACCGGCACUGAAGAACACAACACUAUUGAAAAACGUAAAAAAUUUCACGCCUGUAGACACGACAAAAACACUAUGGACUGUGAUGAAAAAAAUGACUUUCAAAAAAUAAAUUAAAACACAGGUUAGCCAAAGUACCGUACAAAAAUUAUCGUAAUGUAAGUAGCCAAAAAACGAAAAAUCCGAGAAUAUGUACUAGUUGUAUCGUACAACGGACAUAAUACCAUUCCAAUAUUAUUUCAAAACACGAGAAUUAAUCUACUAAUUUCGAUAGUACGUGCGCACACAUACUAGUUCCGUUAUUGUUUUUGUUUACGUACACGCUGUUACGUUUGAAUAAGAAAAUUAAAAAUAAAGAACAAGUUUUUGGAUGGUAAUUUUUUUCAUAAUUUGCCUCAAGGUUGUUCAUUCAAGUGAAUAUUUUUGUUUCACGAAGAAACGGACCGUCGUAAAAUUCGUUAAGAUGAAAUAAAAUUCAAGGUUAUUAUAUACGUUUUUGGCGGGACCAAACAAUGAGUUCGGUUAAGUGAAGUGUUCGUUUAACUGAAGUUCGUUGUACUGGUGCUUUCCUGUAUUAUGCAUGGUUAUUCACCUGUUAGUUCAAACAUUACAAACUUUAAACAAUUAUUUUUUUUACUAUAACUUUACUUUUUAUAAAAUGAGUUUAAUGCUGCUUCACAAGAACAAUUUUGUAAAUUUGAUUCAACUUCAUGAAUAUUUAAAAAUCAAUUUGAUAUUCGCUUUGCAUAAAAAAACUAGUAUUCGCACAGGUCUAUUUUCAGCAUCGAGUAUUUUAUGUAUUUAAUGUUUGUUUUUAAGGUGAAUUGUGUAUCUCUCGUGGUUUUAUUUGAUGACAUUUCAUGAAAUACCGAGAAAAUGUUUUAAAAAAAGCUUUAAAUUCCUUUAGACGUUUGUGAAAACAAAGAAGUUUAUCAGUAACCCGUAAAUUUACUUUAAAAGCUUCAAAGUGAUUGUGUGUGUCUUGUGCACACACCUGUGAGCAGACCUGCCAACUUGUAAAGUUGCUUAUCAGUAAGAUUUUAAAAUUUUCCGAAAAGUGCGUAAAUAGGUCGCGGCAUUUCAUGUCAGUUAUAUACACCAGUUGUUCACCAUAAAUAAGUGGGAAACAUGUGUUAUACACAUAAUUACACAAAAACAUCACGUAUCAUGCAAAUGAAUGCUAUUCUCCGUAAUUUAAACAAACAAGAUGAAAAAUAAUCUUCAAAACUUAAUUUUCUUAAGCUGAACAUAAAAUUCACUUUUUCUUUUAAAAAUUCUUGAAAACCAAUUUACCUACCAAUCUUUUGGAUGAUGUUUGUUAUUUUUUCCCCCCUGAAUUUUGCCACACUCAAGUUAAAAUUAUGCCACUGCAAACACUUGUAAAACCUUAACAAAAUAUGUCACCACGAGGGGAUAAAGUUUGGAACAAGAAUCUGUGAAAGGCAAAAUGGCCCAGUUUGCAAACAGUCAACAAUAUUAGAAACUGCAUCUAAAGCCAUUUCAUUAACAAUGGCAUUUGUCUUAGUUCUACCACAGCUAUAUUGCUUAGCCACAUCACACUUAGGAAACAUUUUUCUAAGCAGUGGGCCAACAUGAUCUGCAACACUGAAGGGUAUGUUGCGUUCCACUAUUAAACCAGUGAACAAACACUCAGCCUGAAUAACCUCAUUUUCAACAGUAUGUAAGGGUUAUAUCUUUUUAUUUUCCUGUUGGUAUUUGAAAUUACUUACAUGUUUCGCACACUUGAUAUGGAUAGUGAUAUCAUUUUUGCCCCCAUGAGAAAUAUUAAUAUCACAGCGACAGACAGAACAAAACGCAUGCUUCUCACCUUUCUCAGACUUCAGGAUAGAUACAUGAAAACUGUGUAGAGUAUGCCGAUCUAAACAUUUGAUCGUAUUGUUUCUUUUUAUCACACAUUUUAUACCUUUUGUUGGCACAUAAGUACUAUGUUUAUGCAACAAAAAAGAAAAAUAAUCGACGCCUUGACUCAAACAACUUUAUUUCAUUCUUGCUUCACUACACAACGAAAUGUAUGUGAAACUCAAAAUACACUCCCAAACAUAGCUGUAUCGUAAAUAUUUUGCUUUAACUGAACCACUAUAGUUUUUAAUUGAUGUAAACCAAACCACUAUUUGUUAUCAAACACAACACUACACGCGUGGACAUAACCUGCAAUCUCGCACACGACGGGCCCAUCUACAAAAAUCCGAACCUGUGGCCUCUGGGCGGUCCGUGUCCUUAUCCCAUAGAUAAAGGUUACUAUCUUAAUGUGAAUGAAUGACGUCACAUUGUCGCAUAUACAACUGUCCAGUAUACAAUUACGAUGUCUGAUGUCUGAGUCUAACGAUUUCUAAAGUAUUCACCACAGCGCAGUACUGUGGAAGCGCGGCAAAAAAUAUCGCCGGGUCAGUGCAAAUAUAUGGUAUUCUGUACUGUAAACUACAGUACAUGUACCACAAAAUGCGGUUAAAACAAUCUUGCAGCACGUUAAAAUCGGUACUACCUUUCUUCUUGCCAUAAAAACCGUUACAAAACUGUGGUAUUGUACGUGACAUUUACGGCACUGUUCUAACAAAAAUACGGUACAAAAACUGUACAUAUGGUAUUUAUUGAUGCAAGUACACUAUUCUAUGGCACGAGAUUGAAAACGCUAGCCCGUGAGUCAAUGUAUAAUUUCAGGCCAGCAGAAACGUAAUGCGUAAAAUUAAUGCCGCUCCCCGUAAAAACGUAAGAAUUGCAAUUACCCGUACAAAUUACGGGAGAAUCGUACAAGUUGGCAGGUCUGCCUGUGAGUAUCAUAACCUGUAUUUUAAAUGAAGGGAAAAGUGUUGUGCCCAAGGCCAGGUUUAUUGACUGCAAGAGACACAACAGCGCGGCACUUAACAAUCACAAGAAAAACACGUCACGUCACCAACCUUAAUAUUCAAAACAGAUAACAUAUGUUAAUGACGUGGUAUUUCACAGUUGUUUUAUUUGUUAAGCCAGUGCCUGCUAUUAGUUUUUGAUAUCCUACUGUGUGUGGUUUUUUUGGCAGUGUUGUGUUGUUCAAAAACAUGUAAAGCAGGUAUGUCACAAUGAAAGUUUUCUUGUACAUCAAUUUGCAAUGGCUGCUGAUAUCAAUAAAAUGAUUUAUGUGUGUGUUAGUAGUAGACUGGCCAUUUCUACUUAAGUUUUGGUCUUUGUGUGCAAUUCUCUCUAGAAUUACAAGGUGAAAAUUUCCAGUGUUGGAGAUUAGAUACCUAAAAAUUGGUUUUGUUUGAAAUUUAAUAAUCAUUAAAACUACUAUGGAUAAAAUUUGGUUUUUAAUAAAAAUAAACAAAAUUACCAUAAUAAAUUAAAUCAAAAAGUUCAUUAACAAAAAUUUCAGAAGUAAUAAGUAAAUUAAAGAACCGUACAUCAUGGCAUACAUGCUUUCAUUGUUGAUCAAAUUAUUUUUUUAUUGGUUGAUCUAGUCAUUUAAAAACCAGAUGUUUUCAAUUUUUUUUUGUAACAGAGAUUUUUUUAAGAUACCUAUUUUUAACUGUACUAUAUACAGUACAUUUUAUUUGUAACAAGGUAUACAAUUUUUUUAAAUGUAUUUUUUGCAGCUUGAUGUAGGUUAUAAAUAUGUUUAUGUCAUCUGAGUAAUUGUGUGUUUGAUAUAUAUAUAUUUUUUUUUUGUUAUGCCUUAACAUGUGAAUUGUGAACUAUCCAUAUCAGAAGCAACUUAUCAAAACUAGCUUCUGAAAGAUGUAGAGAACAAGUUUUGUUUACAACCUGACUGUAUUAUAAUUUUUACAAUAAAAUUAUUUUGUGAAAGUU